AUGAGUUCUGAAGAAGAGACCCAAUAAUCGUUGCCAUAUAAGGUGCACAAGUCCACUUUGAAAUGGGCACCAGUGUUCAAUAUGACAAUUCUAUUGUCAAUAGCAAUAAUCUCAUGUUUGAUAAGAGUGUUCUCCGUGAUCAGAUAUGAGUCCAUCAUUCAUGAGUUCGAUCCAUGGUUCAAUUACAGAACAACCCAAUAUUUGGUGAAGGAGGGACCCUAUGCAUUAUGGAAUUGGUACGAUUCAGAAUCUUGGUAUCCCCUUGGUAGAAGCGUUGGAGGCACAGUAUAUCCAGGAUUAAUGAUGACAUCUGGUAUGAUAUAUUGGGUGUUACACAAACUGUCCAUUCCAAUCGACAUCAGGAAUGUCUGUGUCUUCUUGGCACCCAUCUUCUCAGCAUUUACAAGUCUAGCAGCAUAUGGAAUGACAAAAGAGAUAACCAAGAGGUCCGAGGCUGGAUUGUUGUCAGCUCUGUUUGUGGCCAUAGUCCCAUCCUACAUGAGUAGAAGUGUGGCAGGAUCAUACGACAAUGAAGGAGUGUCUAUUUUUGCCCUCGUCUUCACAUUUUACACCUUCCUCAAGACUGUCAACACAGGAUCCAUCCUCUGGGGAGUCUACACAGCCUUAGCCUUUUUCUACAUGGUGGCCUCUUGGGGUGGAUAUGCAUUCAUCAUCAACAUUAUACCUAUUUUUGUGUUGUUUUUGUUAAUAACAGGACGUUCAAAUUCUAGAAUCCAAGUGGCAUACAAUGUUUUCUACAUCUUGGGAACAUUGUUGGCAAUGCAAAUUCCCUUUGUUGGAUUCUAAGCAUUACAUUCCUCAGAACAUAUGGCAUCACAUGCAGUUUUCAUUUUGAUUAACUUCCUUAACUUUUUCAGUUGGAUACGAAACUUUGUGAGCAAAAAAGCCAUCAUAACACUAACGAAAUUCUUAAUAGUCUUUUUAGUGUUCUCCAUUUUGGUCGGAGUUGUCAUCCUAACUCUGGCUGGUAAGACACAAUGGAGUGGCAGAAGUUUGACUCUACUUGAUCCAACCUAUGCAAAGAAAUACAUUCCAAUCAUAGCAUCUGUCUCAGAACAUCAAGCUACUACCUGGUCAUCCUUCUUCUUCGAUUUGCAUUAUUUGAUACUCUUCUCCCCAGUCGGAUUAUACUAUUGCUAUUACAAACCAACUGAAACCAAGAUAUUCGGGGCUCUCUACACAGUCCUUGGAGUCUACUUUGCUUCAGUUAUGGUCAGAUUGCUCUUGGUUCUUGCCCCUGCUGUGAGUAUUAUGGCUGGAAUUGGAAUUAGUUGGGCAUUCAGAAAAUUCGCUAAGUCUGUCAGAUCAUUCAUAUUGCCAAAAAUAGAAAAACCCAAGAAGUACAGAAUCCCUCCUGAGAUAGCCAUUAUCGGCCUAGUAAUAUUAGGAUACUAUUGUUCCAUUUAUGUUCUUCAUGCCAAUUUUGCUGGAUCAGAAGCCUAUGCCUCUCCAUCCAUCAUUCUCUCCAGCAGAGACAGACAAGGAAAUAGAAACAUCAUUGAUGAUUACAGAGAAGCCUACUAUUGGCUCAGAAUGAACACAAGGCCUGAUGACAAGAUUAUGUCCUGGUGGGAUUAUGGCUAUUAAAUUACAGGAAUGUCUAAUCGGACGGUCUUGGUUGAUAAUAACACUUGGAAUAACACACACAUUGCUACUGUUGGUAUGGCAAUGGCUUCAUCUGAAGAAGAUGCCUUUGAAAUCUGUGAAAAAUUGGAUGUGGAUUAUGUAUUGGUGAUCUUUGGUGGUAUCUUGAAUUAUUCAGGCGAUGACAUAAACAAAUUCUUGUGGAUGGUCAGAAUUGGUGGUGGAGUCUAUCCACACAUCAAAGAAGAAGACUAUUAUGGCAAAGGUACUUAUAGAGUAGAUCAAUAUGCAACUGAGACCAUGACCAAUUCACUCAUGUACAGACUCAGUUAUUACCGUUUUGAUGAAGUUCAAACUGCUUAUGGACAACCUAAAGGUUACGACACUGUUAGAUAGGCUGUGAUUGGAGUCAAGGGAUAUAAGUUGAGACAUUUUGAAGAAGCCUUUACUUCAGAAAAUUGGAUUGUACGUAUAUUCAAAAGAAAGCAGAGAGAAAAUAGAGAUGGAGUUGCAUUCACUUCAAAAUCUACCUCAUAAUUUACCAUUCCUAAGGAAUUCAGCCCUGUUACAAAGUUUUCUAAAAAAGCCAACACCAAAUAGAGAUCUACCCUAAGUUUUUAAAAUAAUGAGUGA